AUGGUAGCUACGCAGAGGAAAUAUAUCUGUUCUUUCUGCGCUCGAGCGUUUUCUAGAUCAGAGCAUCGGACACGACAUGAACGGUCUCAUACUGGUGUGAAACCCUUUAGUUGCAAAGUUUGCAGCCACUCUUUUGUAAGACGAGACCUACUCCAACGCCACAUACGAACAGUGCACCGAAGCGUUUUGCUCGAACUGCAAUUGCAGCGCGGGAAAGGGUCAGAUGAGGGAGGUGUAGGGUCUUCUGGAGAGACAGUAGAUGUCGUUCAGAGUUCGACUUCGUUACCUUCAAAAAAAGAUAUGAAGAGUGUUCUUAGUGCGUUUAUAAAUGAUGCUGGGAGCGGACUGACCCAGGAAUUGCCCAGCAUGCGGCGUAGUAGCAGUGCAGGCACGAUUACUGGGGCCCUGAAGAACGUAAUUCCACAGCAAUUCUAUGGAGACGUACGCAAAGCAGUACUUGGGGUGAUGCCGCAGCUGCGAAACUAUGAUGCUGAACGUAUAAUUGGUCUAGUUCAGGCUGGUCUCGAUUAUAUCGCAAUCCAGGGACUUUUCGUAGAGUCUGUUCGAGGAGAAUUUAACUCACGAGUGGGUGGUUCUAGAAAUAAUUUUGAAUCGUGGUGCACGCGAUGCCCGCUUUUGCCAACUUUAGCGUGCAUUGGGUACUGCUUAACUUCGGAUGCUAGCGACGCAAUCAUAGUACAGUUGUGGGGUACGAAUUGGGAUGCAUGCGCCAAUGCUGCAUCCGGUGAGCGAUUUUUGGGCCUUCAUUUACUUGUGCAUAUGUAUCUCGAAGAUAGGCGGCGCUUAGGAGUUUCACCUCAUAAUGUUUCAAGGUUACAGCAGCAAACGCUUGAAUUGGUUUUACAUAAUAUCACUGCUGUGUGUCUAGAAAAAGAUAUCUGGACGGUGUUUUGUCUGUUUGUGAACCUGAUGAUCCGUUCAAACGAAUGCAGUGAGCUAUCGCGCAUGCUCUAUCGCUGGUUCCUUACACAGCCACUAUUAGAUUCAAACCUGGCUACGGUGUUGACUGAGUUUACACAGAAAAACCCUGUGACGUUGGAGCCUUUUGUCUCAAAGGUUAUCUCCCAUGGGCUACUUUGCGAAGUCCUGAUGGGAGAUGUUAGCCAAACAAACUUCCGUUGUGCGGAGCUCCUCCAUAACACGAUAAUUAUGGCCAGCAAGUGCUGCACCGGGAACUCGGGUGCCUUUCUCUCCACUAUACGCGAACGGCGGCUAACAGAUGCCCCACAAAAAUUCCUACCGUUGUUGAAACAAUACCUGAGCUUUAACAACUCAAAUGAACACUGGGCGCUAUUGCUGGCAACAUGGUUUGACUUUGUUCGCGGGGUGGGCUGGGACUCAACUAAAAGGCACAUGCUGAACGGUAGUUACACUCUUGACGGUAACUUUUUUUACAGUGGUAUGCUACUAUUGGGGUAUCAAGAGCCGGUUUCUAAGAUGUCACAAUUUCAACUUGACCUAAAAUUUAUAAACAACAACCUGGCAAUGUGUACAUUACCAAUUUUAUGCCUAUUGGAGGAGAAUAGUUCUUUACAUUGGCUGCAAGAUGUACAAAAAAGAUUGAUCUAUGAUGUUUUGUUAUUCAAUCUGCAUCUAUUGGGGAACCUGCUGUUCUUACGUGGAAGGAACGUUGAAGAAUGGCAUACCGAGAAGGCGUUGAUGAUGUUAGAAAAUCCAAUUGUCCAGUUCUUAUUGUUUGUAUGGUCUCGCUUCAGUGGCAACCAAUCCAAGAGUGAAAUACCGUCAACUUCUCCGUAUACUGAACAAUUUCUAAGCCGAUACAUUACAAAUACAAAGAUGAGAGUCGAUACCGAUACUCUAAUCAAAAAUGACUUUGACAUGAUUUUAUUCUUGAAUGCGGAUACUAAUCGCGAUAUAUUCUACGGUUUCCAUAUCCUACUGAGACAGGCCAUGGAACGUAUAGAACAUUACCUCGUACAAAUAAUGCCAAGCUACGUCCAUAUGAUAAAUCCAUCCUUGAAAUCGCUUGUGGAUGCGACUAUUAAAAACUCUGCAACCAUCAGAUAUGAGAUGUACUUGAAGAUUUCUGAUACCCCAAGUAAGCGUCCUCCAUCAUCGGUAUGGAGUCAUACACCGGCAUUUCAGGAAAGAACACCAUCUUUUGAAAAAUCCCCAUCGACUCCUUCAUUUGAAGUUGCUGGAAGAAUCAUUUUACCCAGGAUCCUGUCGCCUCCAUAUCAGCGUAAAGAUAUUGAAACUCCCCGGUUGUGUAACUCUAACGUACUGGGGGCUAUUUCUUAUCCCGUAAUAACACCUCCUGCGGAACGUAAGAUACAUCUCCCACCUCCUCACUACUUUUAA